AUGUUGUCUGCGAGGUAAAUGUCCGUCCGUCCCAGAGGAGAUAUUGCGGCACUGAGUCACGGUCUUGCUUGUUUGCACGCUGCAGCUGCGGGGCUCUCAGGUUCAACCGUGUGGCUUAAUUAGGACAUCCCGGAAGAGUUGCCGGUGCUGUGCGCAGCGGAGUGACGGAUCAGGGAGGCAGGAGGGGACCGCAAGGCAGCAGCAGCCACACGGCCACCGAUCCGUCCCGGGAAAUUCACAGAAAACUUCUUUUUUUAAAAUUGCACGACCACAGGAAGGAGGUUUGUCACCAUGGAAGGAUUAAUGCAGCGGCUGGAGCGAGCUGUGACCCGCUUGGAGCAGAUGUCCGUCACGAUGCAGGCGUCCAGCGGCAUGACUAACGGGGACUGUGUCAACGGCAUCGAUGGGGCUCUGUCUCAGUGCGUGGAAGCCUUCGACGUGCUGCUGACAGGUCCAGUGUCCGAGUACCUGAACAACAGCCGAGCCAUAGGGAGCGAGGUGGAGAAGCACGCAGAGAUGGUGAACAAGGCCCUGCAGACUCAGAGAACUUUCCUCAAGAUGGCUUCCACACACCAGGAACCUGCACAGACGGAGCUCCGUGACCUGCUGAAGCCCAUUUCAGAUCACAUCCAGGAGAUCCAGAGCUUCAGGGAACGAAACCGCGGCAGCAACCUCUUCAACCACCUUUCGGCCGUCAGCGAGAGCAUCCCCGCUCUGGGCUGGGUGGCUGUGAGUCAGAAACCAGGUCCCUAUGUGAAGGAGAUGAACGAUGCCGCCACCUUCUACACCAACAGAGUGCUGAAGGACUACAAGGAAACUGACAGACGUCAUGUGGAGUGGGUUCGCUCCUACCUGUCCAUCUGGACCGACAUGCAGUCGUUCAUCAAACAGCACCACACAACCGGACUGGUGUGGAGCAAGAGUGGCCCGAUUGCGCCUUCUUCUCUCCUUGACUCCCCCCCGGCCCCCAGUGCUCCCUGUCCACCGCCUCCCCCUCCUCCCCCCGGACCUCCUCCGGUCUUCACCGAUGACGACUCCAAGCCUCAGACAGACAGUGCAGCAGCUCAGCACUCUGCGCUGUUCGCCCAACUCAACCAGGGCAUGGACAUCACUAAAGGUCUGAAGCAUGUCUCGGAUGACCAGAAGACCCACAAGAACCCCAACAUGCGCCCUCAGACGGCAACUCCUAAAAGCAAAAAACCCGGAGCUGUGAACUCACCUAGGCCGGCUGCCCAGAAGAAACCCCCUCUGCUGGAGCUGGAGGGGAAGAAGUGGAGAGUGGAAAACUUUGAGCAGACGCAUGACCUGGUGAUUGAUGACACGGAGCUGAAACAGGUUGUGUACGUCUUCAGCUGCAACAACUCCACCGUGCAGGUUAAAGGCAAAAUGAACUCCAUCAUCAUAGACAACUGCAAGAAGCUGGGCCUGGUUUUUGAGAACGUUGUUGGGAUUGUCGAGAUCAUCAACUCCAAAGCUAUUCAGUUACAGGUGUUGGGUACAGUUCCCACCAUUUCCAUCAACAAGACCGAGGGCUGCCAGGUCUACCUGAGCAAGGAUUCCCUCAACUGCGACAUCGUCAGCGCCAAGAGCUCCGAGAUGAACAUCCUGAUACCAGAGGGAGAAGACGAUUAUAGGGAGUUCCCGGUCCCGGAGCAGUACAAGACAGUUUGGAACGGCUCCAAACUGGUGACAGAACCAACAGAAAUCGCAGGCUGAUUGUAGCUUGAAUCACCAGUAGACACAAAUACUUCUAUCCACCUGAUGUCAUUACUCAAAUAUACAAAAGGGAAUUUUUAAGCAGGCACUGCAUCCAUUUAACUUUUAGUCCACUCCUUGUUGCUGUAUUUGUGACUUCAUGAGAGGUUUCUCAAGCACUUUGACCUAAUCAGUAAUAAUCGCUGUCCUUAUAACUCCACACUGUCGGUACUAUAGGUGAGUCAUAAAGUAGUCUAAUCUCAGGUUUAAGUAACACAAACUUUUCUUUAAGAAUAUGUAGCUGCUGAGAUUUCAGCAUCCUCAAAAUAUUUUCUCUGUAUAUUUUAGGGUUAUAACUAUAAUUACAACUGGCAUUUAUUGGUGAGUUUCUGUAUAUUAAUACAUUUUAAACAAAAGCACAACAUAUAGUUUUACAGGAAAACUAAAAAAUUACAUAACAAACACAUACAACCUUCAGUGGCCAAGCAAACACGUCUAUACGGUAUAUUUUCUAUCUAAUAAAGUGUAUGUUAGUUACUUCUUUUAAUGUGUAUAGUGCAUGGCAGUCAUGUAGUAAUUGUAAGUAUUGAUCUGCUUAUUUUGCAUUCAUGGCUGCAUUACACAGCAUUCAGAUGAAUCAGCCCAGAUGAAUGUAAAAGGGUCUAAUGUGCUGCAGUCGACAUUAAAUCAGCUGAACAAAAUAAUUAAAUACCUAGUAAUUUCUUUUAUGUCAUAACUAAUGGGCUUCAGUGGUAACUUUCACACUUGAUCACUUCUUCCUAUUUCUAUAUCACAGUGUAUACCACUCUGUUUUGUACUAAGAUGCAGCACACGGCACCAGCAUAGCACAGAUAACAACGAUCAACACUAAUACUUUUCAAAAACUUUAAUUUACAUGAAAACCAUUCAUUGUAAUUGUGUAUCCUUUUUCAAAUAAAGUCAAAACCCCCCA